AUGCUCGCCGCAAAGUUUGUUUCGCGCUCAUCCUUCCGCCACAGCUGGACCCGCUUCGCCUCGACCGCCGCCGCCACCACGCCUGCCGCGUCAUACAAGCUUGUGGUCAUCGGCGGCGGCGCUGCCGGCCUUGCCGUGUCUUCGACGCUGGCGCAGGCUCUGGGCAAGAACGAGGUCGCCGUCAUUGAGCCGUCGCCCGUGCACUACCAGCAGCCGCUGUUCACCUUUGUUGGCGGCGGGCUCAAGGACUUUAGCGAGACCCAUCGCCCUACCGCCGACGUUGUCUCGCCUGAUGCGCACCUCAUCCAGCAGGCUGCCGCCGAGAUCGACCCCGAGGCCAGCACCGUCACGCUGGCCGAUGGCUCAAAGGUUGCAUACGACUUCCUCGUCGUAGCUACCGGCAUUGAGCUCAACUUUGGCGGUAUCAAGGGCCUGAAGGACGCCAUUGGAAAGAACGGCGUCGCCAGCAACUACUCGCCCAAGUACGUGCAGAACACCUACGAGUUCCUGCAGAACACCACCAAGGGCAAUGCGCUGUUCACCAUGCCUGCCACCCCCAUCAAGUGCGCCGGCGCCCCCCAGAAGAUCGCCUACCUUGCUGACGAGAUUUUCCGCGAGAAGGGUGUCCGCAACAACGUUGCCAUCAACUACUACACCGGGCUUGGCAAGAUCUUUGCUGUCGACAAGUACGCCAACGCCAUGAACGCCGUUGCCAAGGACCGCGACGUCAACGUUAACCUGUUCCAUGACUUGGUUGAGGUCGACGGCCCCGCCAAGAAGGCCACCUUCAAGCUUCUUGGCGAUGGCCCCCGCGCCGGUGAGUCCAUCACCGUGCCCUACGACUUCUUGCACGUCACUCCUCCGAUGAAGCCCCUCGACUUCAUCAAGAACAGCCCCAUCGCUAACGCCGCCGGCUACGUCGACGUCAACCAGUUCACCCUGCAGCACAACAAGUACGGCAACAUUUACUCGCUCGGUGACUGCUCCUCCCUGCCCACCUCGAAGACCGCCGCUGCCGCCGCCGCACAGUCGCAGGUCCUCAAGCAUAACCUGCUUAACCAGAUCCGCGGCUCGGAUGCCCCCGCUGCUGAGUACAACGGAUACACUUCUUGCCCGCUUGUCACUGGCAAGCAUAAGCUGGUUCUUGCCGAGUUUUCGGGAUACACCGGAACCCCCCAGGAGACCUUCUUCUUCAACCAGGCUAAGGAGCACGCCUUUUCGUACUGGCUCACCGCUGACGUACUGCCCGCGGUCUACUGGAACUCCAUGCUUAAGGGUACUUGGGCCGGCCCUGCCCCGAUCCGCAAACUGACCAACCCGACUAGCAUUAACUGA